GUGUUAUUGGAAGUCAACUAGAAAACAACUCACAAAAUUCUUAUCAAUUGCAAAACAUACAAAACCAAGUUCAAUAUUCGGGCAUUUGUUCUAUUUUUUUGCUUUGUGUCCGUGCUUGCUUCGUUUUAAAUUGGUUUCAUAUGUGUGCGGGAUCUCAUUCACAGUCCCCAGGCGACCAUAAUAGUCUGGGGAGGGGGUUGAACCUGCCCUCUUCAUACACAUUUUCUCUGUCCUAAAAGCCUUCUUUGUGAGAGGCGACCAUAAAUACCAGAGCAAGAUCUCUCAGUCUGCUCAUAGCCUGCUGCAAUCUUGCUGUCUCACUCCGUCUCCAGCUUGCAGCAUGAAGAUCCUGAGCUGUGCACUCGUCUUGUCCUGCUGCAUUUGGGCAGCAGUUGCCCACAACCAGGCUGGAGAAGAUGCUGCUGGAGCUGGAAGGAGUAAAAGCGUCUGGGAAGACCCUAUCCAGUUUGUUACAAAAACCAAGGACCGAUGCUCUAUGAUCUUGAGCGGACAUGGGGAUCUGACCAGGCUGCGAAUCUCUUGUGUGGGCCAGGAAGCGACCUACUGGUGUGAGUAUGAGGGCAAGCCAGACAUUUGUCGCAACUACAACACCAAUCCUCGGCACUUCUUUACACAGAUCAUGUGGGAGCUGCGCAAGUUGACCAACGCCUGUCAGGGCCCACAGAACCUCAAGCCUACCAUGUGUAAGAAAGCAUCGGAUGAAUCCCAAUUGGUCUUCACCACGAGUAGCUCGGCCACUGUGGAACAAAAACCACAAACCACAGCUGGCGAGCAAGACGAACCCAAACUGGAGCAAGCCAAACCUAAACCACCUACAAGUGCACCACGUUCUGAUCAGGCCAAGCCAGAAAAGAAACCAAACAACGCAAAACAAAAGCCAGCAAAACAAAAGACUGCCAAACCUCAACCAACGAGACCUUCAGCUGCCGGAACUGCAAAGCCCAAGGCAGAACAAGUCAAAGCAGAGCCUGUGAAACCUGUGGCAUCCAAACAAGGGACCAAAACACCAGCAACGAUCAAGAAAGUUUUGGCACCAAAGGCAGCUACACAAGCAUUCAAGGCAACUACAACCACUCCAGCACCCACGAGGUCAGCCGAGACCCUGGCACAGCAGUACUGCUGGCACGGCAUGAGGGACUUCUGCACCAAAGUCUUUGGCUGGUUCACAAAAUAGAAUAAAUGAAGCUGGAGCGAUGUGAACUUUCCUUAUACAUUAGCCUGGUGUGGUUUCGUUGGGAAAGAAGAGAUUGGAUGGAAAGCACAAGAUAACCAAGCGUCCUGUUAGCGCUAAUAGAAUGGAAAAGAUUCGGAUGGACGUGUAGUGGAGAGCCUCUAUAUCGUCAUACACAGACAUUAAUUCCAAAAAAAUUAAAAAUGUACACACCUCCCCAGAGGCUUAGACAAAUCCAUAGACUUGUCAAUUAGAUUUUUUUUUUUGCUGUACAAAUUAACCAGAUUACUAACCUGUUAUGGAAGACGCACAGUAAACUGAAUAAGCAAACAGUGUAUGAAUGUCAAAAACCAUGAUGAAUUAAA